CGCGACCCGCUGGUGCCCAUCCGCCGGGAGGCCCACCCCCUGUACAACCGGAUCCGCGCGGGCCGCCUGCUGAACUGCGCCGUGCCCUGCCACCUGCCCUACUUCUCCGCGGACGAGCGCGCCUUCGCCGGCUUCUGGAUCGGCCUGUGGUCCGUGCUGUGCUUCGUCUCCACCCUCGCCACCGUGGCCACCUUCCUCAUCGACAUGGAGCGCUUCAAGUACCCCGAGCGGCCCAUCAUCUUCCUGGCCGCCUGCUACCUGUUCGUGUCGCUGGGCUACAUCGUGCGCCUGGUGGCCGGGCACGCCCGGGUGGCCUGCAACCCGGACUACCAGCACGUGCACUACGAGACCACGGGCCCCGCGCUGUGCACGCUCGUCUUCCUCCUCGUCUACUUCUUCGGCAUGGCCAGCUCCAUCUGGUGGGUCAUCCUGUCCUUCACCUGGUUCCUGGCGGCGGGCAUGAAGUGGGGCAAUGAGGCCAUCGCCGGCUACGCCCAGUACUUCCACCUGGCGGCCUGGCUCAUCCCCAGCGUCAAGUCCAUCGCCGUGCUGGCGCUGAGCUCCGUGGACGGGGACCCUGUGGCGGGCAUCUGCUACGUGGGCAACCAGAGCAUCGCCAACCUGCGCGGCUUCGUCCUGGCGCCGCUGGUGGCCUACCUGUUCACCGGCUCGCUGUUCCUGCUGGCCGGCUUCGUCUCGCUCUUCCGCAUCCGCAGCGUGAUCAAGCAGGGCGGCACCAAGACGGACAAGCUGGAGAAGCUGAUGCUCCGCAUCGGGAUCUUCACCGUGCUGUACACCGCGCCGGCCACCGCGGUGGUGGCGUGCUACGUGUACGAGCAGCACUACCGCGAGGGCUGGGAGCGGGCGCUGGGGUGCUCCUGCCCGGCCGAGCGCGGGCGGGCGGGGCCCGACUACGCCGUCUUCAUGCUGAAGUACUUCAUGUGCCUGGUGGGGGGGAUCACGUCCGGCGUGUGGAUCUGGUCGGGCAAGACCCUGGAGUCGUGGCGGCGCUUCGGCGGGCGCUGCUGCCAGCCGCGGAAGCCCACCAGCGCCUCCAUGUACAGCGAGGCCAGCACGGCGCUCACGGCCCGGACCGGGGUGGCCAGCGCCGGCUCCUACCACAAGCCCGUGCCCCUGUCCCACGUGUAGGGGCUGGGGGGGGGUGGGGCGCGGACUGGCUGUUCUAGGGGUCCCCCCCUCUCCUUGAGUCCCCCUUGGGUCCCCCCUUCUCCUUCUGGAACGUGUCGGGAGGAAGAUAAUUAAUCCGGCAGGUGAGUGGUGGAAGAGCUGUUCGACUUGGACGACCUCCGCCCCGACACCGCAAACCCCCCCACACCUGGGGGAGUCAGCAGAUUGACAGAGCGUGCCCGGAAGAAGGCAAGGAAAUUGAAUUUUGGGGGGGGUGUUUUGAGUGACUUUUUUUUAAUGGCGCUAUGUUUAAAAAAAAAAAAAAAGAGCUCCGAAUGAGCUGCUCUGGCUGUGUUGUGGUUUAAAACGGAAUUGGGAAGAUGGACCUGGCAGCACAUUUUCAAAACACCGAACAGGACCAGUUGCAGAGGCUGGACCGCAGGUUUACUCACGCCAGGGCCUGUCCUGCUGGCUGCGGACCCUGGGGCUCUGCGGUCUCUCUCGCUAGGCCCGGGGGACAGGGCGUCCUUCUUAUUUAUUUGUUCCAAGGCUCGGAUUCAGCAGGUCCAGCAGGGUGCGUGACUGAGUGUCAGUAUCUAGAUGGGGCAGGCUGGACACAGCCGCUGCUUUUCAUUCCAGCCUCAGCUAACUCAUUACCUAACCCACGCCUUGACUGAUUCAACAGGUUGCUUCAUUGGAAAAGUUUUUUUUGUCUUCUCAACAGACUCUUUUUUUAUUUUAACUUACGCGACGAUAGAGCUCACCGGUGGCCUCCGGUGUGUUUCCCAGCUGAAACGUCAAACGGCUCAGAUCCGUCCUGCUCUUGCGACGGCGGAGGGCUCCGCUGGGCGAGUGAGAGUUUGGCUGGAGACAAGCCGGGAGGAGUGGGGGGCUCCAGCAGGAGGGCCGGGAAUCCCUGGGCUAAGGGAUACUCCUGAGCCCUGUGCCCAUUCCAGAGGGGAAGCAGUCGGCGAUGGGCGUUUCGUUUGAUAAUGUCUGUGGGCACAAAGGGGAGCAGCAGUUCUGCCUGUAAUGACCUGGGCUUCACUGCCCGCAGUGCGAGGAGCAAGGGCCUUCCCUCCCCUGGGCCAGGCUGUGUGGAUUCCAGCGUUCCUCCCGCCUGACCGGUGCGGGGAGGGCCAGGACUGGCUGCAGUCCUGUCACGGUGUUCCUCCGGGUGGUAUAUAAAGAGCGCCAUUGUUCAUCUGCGACGAAUGCCCAGCUGCCCUCUUUCACUGCGGCCCCUGGAAGGUCAGCCCCCUGCUCACCGUCGGCAGAGAGGCCCUCCUUGGCCAGCACCCCCCCGGAGACACCCCUGGGUGUAGGUGCUGUAGCUGUGCUCGCGCCCCAGUGGGGGAGAGGGUUAGAACAGGCUGCCCCUCAGCUCCGUGACAGGUGAGCUCCAAGCGGGUGUGUUGAUCUCCUGCCGUCUGUACCAGGCUUACAGUCUCCAGCAUUGGAGUGGAGGGGAAAAAAAGAACUUUUUUUUAGAACAGUGCCUGAAACUUGCAUCACAGUUGAGAUGGGUUUUUUUUAAACCAGCGGUGGUGAAGCCCUGAGCCACAGAAUCUGGGAGGUGCUGGAGUCCGCUCUAAGCACAGCAGAGGGACGUCCAAAACAAUGGUUUCAUGUAGUUAGGGUAGAAGAUCUACCCUUUAAAAAAUGGAAAAAAUAAGUAAAAACCGGACAUCUACUAUAGUGCCACGGAGAGCAGAAACAUUACCUCUCCGUUAUUUCCUGGAUUCAUUGAAUCAUUUUCCCCUGACAAUGGGAACCACAAUAUGGGCAAAACAGCCGUUGUUUCUCGUGAAUAUUGUCCUCAGAACUCCGGCCUAAUUUGCUUUUCAUUUAAUGUUCCAAUUUCCGCACUUGAAUGUUGAAUAGGAAUGGUUAUAUUGUUAUGCUGUGCCCCCCAGUGGUCAAGUCUCCUAAUUGCAACAUCUUUAGCAAACACCUCUGCUUUGUCCCUUAACCUCCUCGGGACGUCCAUCACCUAUCACUAGGAUAGCCGAAAGAGAAAGUACUGUACAGGAUUUCACUUUGAAGGGGGAAUUCUGGUUUUUAUCCCAUGCGGAUCGACUGUGUAAAAAUGUCUUCAGUUUCGUUUCUAAAAAGGGUCACGCGAGUUUGCUGUUCUCAAAAGCAGCGUCCACUCAAUCCUGAGAGUCGCUGCUGGUGUGAUGAUCAGUAUUUCACCUGUUCAACGUGAAGCUGUAGGCAGUCGGUCCUGAACUGUGUGCAGGAGCUGUUUUCUAAGGGGUGUAUCUUACAGCACAGAUCCUGCAGUGUGAAGUCUGUGCUGCUGCCUGUAUCUCUCCCUCUACUGGAUGUACAAAAUGGCCUAGAUUGCACCGGUAGUAUUUUUAAAUAAUGUACAUUGUUGUAUAAACUGUUAGAAUCAUACGGGUCUCCUUAAGUCUUAUUUAUGAACGAGUCAUAGGCUGAGAAGUGGGAAAAAAUAGUGUAAAAAAAUUAGUUUUUUUUAAAGACUUUCAGGUGUUGUAAAUUUUGUAAAACACUUUGGCUUAUGUUGCUCACAAAGUAGUUUUGAAUGGUGUAUGUACUAUAUUUUUUAAAAUGGUCAAAUCCUGAGAUUUUAAAAGAAAAUGAGAUUUUAGAUAUUUAUAAUGGAAAGUUCUUGUCUGUUUCUCCGAUACCUGUAGAGAAUAAACUGUCAAACAGUCUGUGAA